AUGGACUACGAGUUCUACGACGUCAUCAAGGGCGUGCGUGCCGAGUUCGAAAACGCUUCAGAGAAUGAAAACAAUUGGAAGCGCCGCAACGACAUCUGCCGCCGUCUCGCCGAACUCUGCGAAAAGCGCAAGCAUGAUCCUCCUAGAGACCUCUACGACCAGCUCAAACCCCUCUUUCAACCUAUCCUCACUACCUGUACAACCGAGCGGACCACACUCGGUAUUUCUGCCUUGGUCUGCCUCAGCUCUUGGUUCACGGUCCUUGGGUCACAGAUGAACCCACAGAUCGACCACAUGUUGCCGACUCUAAUCUCUCUGUGCGGCGUCACCAAGAAGCUUACCUCCAAAUCAGCGGGAAACGCCAUGGAUGUUGUCGUCGCUACGGUCGGAUACAGUCCUCGGCUUGUCUCUCAUGUCUGCGAUGCCUUCAAAGAGAAGGCUGCAAGCACAAGACUUUUCGCCGCCGCCUGGCUCGCUCAAAUUUUCCUGCUCUACUCCAAACAGCUGGAUCCUACUCGCGAUUAUCCUAAAAUCGCUCGUGCCCUUCUGGACGGCCUUCAAGACUCUCAGAACACUGUCCGCGAAGCGAUGAGAGCCACGUUCUGGAAAUACGCCAGAAUUCCGGGAAACGAUGCUGCUGCAAUCAUGGACAAGCUGCCAAAAGACAAAGCUACGGCACUUGAAAAACAUCCGGACAACCCAGACAGAACUGCGCAGGCCAAACAGCCACCUCGACCAGUGUCAGCGCUCUCACAGAUCAAAGCUAAAAAUAAAGCUAUGAAACAGAGCACGACUGCGAAACCCACCGACAGUUCUGCGAGCUCCGCCCUUAAUAAGUCGACCCACCUGAAUACAUCGACGUCUAGUAUCACAUCACAGAAGCCUGCUCCGAUUGCUACUAUGGCCGGUGCGCCAACCCGCAUGCCUGCGUCUGGACGCGCUAACACCGCUCCCCAUGGACUGCCGCGGAGAGAUUUCAUCCAUUCUUCCCAUUCCGAAGGAGUCCACGCUUCCGAUGGCGUCCAGAUUCCACUCCCUUGUUCACCAAAAGAAAAUGCAUUCGCAGACCUCGAAUCCCAUGACGACACUGAGAGGCCUGUUGUCUCGAAGAAGAAGAGUCGUUAUGGACAUGAAUACUCUGAGAGAUCCGAGCACUUGACUACGGAUAGACCCGGUAGCGAGGAUGCUCCACCCAAACACCAUACCAGCAAAAGCUUAGAGAAAGUCGCUGCUGUCGAGAACACCCUAAAGGAUGACUCAAUCAAGGCCAAGCAGGUCGAUAAUGCCAGUCUCCGCAAUCUUAUGGCGGCACCAGUCAGACGUCCCCGCAUUGUUGCUACUCCAAUCAAUCAGGCACACCCUGCUGUCCGCCCUUCUUCACGAGACGAACCCAAGAACAUUCAAACCGGACGACAGACUCCUACCGAAGAGAUCAUUACCCGUGGGCACAAGAAACAAGCUUCGAGCCGCUCCGGUCGUCAGACUCCUACCGAAGAACUCAUUGCUCGUGGGCACAAGAAGCAAGCUUCUAGCCGCUCGGGCCGUCAGACUCCUACUAUUCGCGAGGACAGCAGUCACAAGAAGAAACCCUCCGUCUCGCGUGCAAAGACCGCACCUGCUCCCGUCCCUACAUCCAGACCUACAUCGUCAUCGUCGAGCAGCAAAAUUCGCAUCGAUGCCUCGUCUGACCCUAUUCACAACACACCACCUACUGGUCAAGAGUUCAGCUCUCCUCCGCAUGAACCAGAACCCGCUAAGCCCGUCGCUACUCCCCGUAUCAUUGACGGCAAAGAAAACACAUUUGUCCAUGGAGAUGGUUGCAGUCACAAGAAGGCCUAUGAAGCCUGUACUGCCAAAACCAAGGACGCCAGAUCUGAAGUCCAGAGACUCAAAGAAGCUCUCAAGGCUGGCAAGCUAGACGCUCUUGGCCACAAAAAGCUCUCUGGAAUGCUCAAGGACAAGCCAAGUCAGCUCAUCACCACCCAGAAGGACUUCGAUGAGCUUUACACCAUUCUAGCGAAUGCCCUCGCUGCUGAUGCUAACAUUGCUGCCCCUCCUGGGAACGCGGCGAAGAACCCGGGACAUCCUUUUUACAAUCGCCAUGCUCUGAUUGAUUCAAUCAUCCGCCUUCUUGAACAGUAUCCCGACGCAGGGGAGCCAAGGCCAGGCAUGGCAUUGAUUGCUGUCGCCCAGUGCAAUGCGACACACCCAAGCGGCGAGCGCUUUAGAGCAGCGUCCACGAUCGAAGCUGCCGCACAAAACAUUGUCCGCCUCACCAGUGAGGCUAAUUUACUGCCUGCGAUCGACAAUGUCGCAGAGUCACUCACUGAAGCCCAUAUGUUGGGUAAAGCCGACGUGCCCACCUUCUCCCUCGGCUUGCGGUCGCUAUCAGAGCUGCUUCGAAAAGCAGCAGGUCUUGGAAUGAACCUCUUCGAGGUUCAAGAGCGCCUGGUCGCCGAGGUGGCGUCUGUCGCCAUCUCGUCGUUCCGCAACGACCUCGGAAGGGAGGUCUACGCGUUUGUGGUGGCGCUCAAGGGCUUGAUAAGCCCAGAGGAGAGGUUGGUUGCUCUUUUUGAGCAAGAAGAUGACCGAAACUUGGUCAUGUACUACCUGGGUAAGUGA